AACGAUUGGCACUAUCAGCGUACGUACACUACAACUGCAAAUCUGCUAUGUUACGAGUAACGAAGUCUAAGUGGGAUAAAUCGCACCGAUUUGUCUGCUCAUCCAUCAGUUCUCGCCCGAAAGAAGCAACAUGAGCAUCGAACUGGUAUCUCUGAUUCUCGGGGCGCUUAUAGCCUUUUACUUUUAUCUCACGCGAAAUUACAAUCAUUGGCAAAAGCAUGGAGUUCCGUGUGUGGAUGGACCGCUGCCAGGAUUCGGUCACAUGAUGUCAUUGACGUUCAUGAGAACGCACAUCAUCGAUUUCUAUGGCAAGAUCUACAAGAAUAACAAGGGCCGCAGCAUGAUCGGGUUCUACAAUUUUACGACGCCGUCGUUGAUAGUGCUCGAGCCGGAGCUGGUAAAAACGGUGAUGCAAACCAAUUUCUCAAAUUUCUCUGAAAACGCCUCCUUUAUCGAUCCCAAAUUAGACCCGCUUCUAUCAUACAAUCCUUUCUUCUCUUCCGGUGAGAAGUGGCUAAAUGGCAGGAAACGCUUGACUUACGCAUUCUCCAGCAUGAGACUCAAGAUUCUGCUCGAAGGUGUUAAAAAGGUAUGCGUGAUGUUCGAGAAUUAUAUUGACAAAGAGCUGUCGAGUAAUGUCGGGAAGGCGGAAUUCGAAUUGAAGGAACUGUUCUCCAGAUAUACUGCACAAGUGGUAGCCGCUGUUGGUUUCGGCGUAGACGGAUACAGUUUCGAUGACGAGAAAAACGAUAUAUCUUUCAAACAACUCGGAAAAACGAUGUUUGAGCCGUCUCUACAAAACACAAUCACGUUCACUAUGAUGUCCUUCGUUCCGUCAUUGAACAAAAUCUUCAAGAGAAGUUUUAUUCCCAAACACAUCGAUCGUUUCUUCAAGACUUUGGUUGCAGAUCUCUUCGAACAAAGAAAAAAGGACAAAAUACCUAGAAAUGAUUUUAUUCACUUAAUGAGUGAGCUAACACGGGCAGAAGGCAUUGAUAUCGAUACUGACGUGCUUGCAGCACAUGCAUUAUCGUUUCUCGUUGACGGCUAUGAGACUUCCGGCAGCACUAUGAGCUACGUUGGUUUCCACUUGGCCAGCAACCCGAAAAUCCAGGAGAAAUUACGGGAAGAGGUAAUGUCCGUACUUAAGAGACACAACAAUGAACUCACGUAUGAAGGUUUGAAAGAGAUGACGUACAUGGAACAGGUCAUCAACGAAUCGUUGAGAAUGAUACCCGUACUAGUAGUCAUGCUUAAACGGUGCACGGAAGAGUUCGAAUUAAAAGGAUCUGACGGAGUUGUAUACCGCAUUAAACCCGGAACGGAGUUGGUGAUACCGGUUCAAGCUCUACACAAAGAUCCUCAGUACUGGGAAGAUCCAGAGAAAUAUGAUCCUGAAAGAUUCAAUCCGGAAAAAAAACAAAGCAUAGAGAGAUUCGCUUAUCUACCCUUCGGCGAAGGUCCGCGAAUGUGCGUGGGUAUGAGGAUGGCCAUAGUACAGAUGAAGGCAGGUCUGGCUACAAUUCUGAAAAAAUACAGGAUUGAACUAUCCCCGAAGACGCAGUUACCUAUAAAGAUGAUUCCUGGAACCAUUUUACAAACACCGAAAGGCGGAUUUUGGGUGUAUCUUCGGCAGCUUUAAGUACGAAUAUUUCGUUUUAACUUAUUCCAAGCUCUCAACAUCGCAAUAAUGUUUUAUGUGAGAAAGAAAAAAUUGUAACAAAUCUUUACGUAAAAACGGAAUUCUCUUCAAAUUUAAUCAAUCGUUAUUAUACCUUAAUAUAAAAAUUAAAAAAUACUUAAAGCUUUAUGAUUAUUUCUUGAUUAGUUUUAUGAUUAAUUUUAUGAUUUUUGAUGAUUAUGAAGACUUCUUUUGUACAUAUCAUUAUAUGUUUGUAAAUGAAUACGAAAAAAUGUAAUCAUCUUUAAUUUAUAUAAAACAUAAGAUUAAAACUUGGAAA